AUGAGACUGAUCAUCCGCGACGACGCUGCGGCCACCAGCAACUAUGUGGCCAACUACAUUAUUGACCGCAUCAACGCCUACAAGCCCACGGCCCAGAAUCCCUUUGUUCUCGGCCUGCCAACCGGCUCCAGCCCUCUGGGCGUUUACAAAGUCCUCGUCCAAAAGUACAAGGCUGGCGAGAUCUCGUUUGACAAUGUCGUCACCUUCAACAUGGACGAGUACGUCGGCAUCCCGCGCGACCACCCCGAGUCGUACCACUCCUUCAUGUGGAACAACUUCUUCUCCCACGUCAACGUUCACCCCAGCAACGUCCACAUCCUCAACGGCAACGCCCCCAGCCUCGAGGCCGAGUGCGUCGCCUACGAGGACGCCAUCAAGCGCGUCGGCGGCAUCGACCUCUUCCUCGCCGGCAUCGGCGAGGACGGCCACAUUGCCUUCAACGAGCCCGGUUCCAGUCUCGCCAGCCGCACCCGCGUCAAGACGCUCGCCUACGACACCAUCCUCGCCAACUCGCGCUUCUUUGGCAACGACGUGGACAAGGUGCCCCGAAUGGCCUUGACGGUUGGCGUCCAGACUGUCCUCGAGGCCCGCGAGGUCGUCGUCAUCAUCCUCGGCCAGCGCAAGGCCCUCGCGCUUCAGCGAUGUAUCGAGCAGGGCGUCAACCACAUGUGGACGCUCUCCAGUCUUCAGCUGCACCCGCACCCCAUGAUUGUCGCUGAUGAGGACGCCACCCUCGAGCUCCAGGUCAAGACUGUCAAGUACUUCAAGAGCAUCGAAAAGGUUGCCAAGGAGGCCGGUUUCCAGCAGAUCCUCCCCUCCAAGGUCCGCACCGGCAACGGCCCGAUCCCCGAGACGCGCAUCGACACCGUCUCCUCCCCGACUAUUCUUGCGCCCCAGCCCACCACCUCGCAGUUGCUCCGCGCUACCCCGGCUACCGAGUACCCCGUCCGCUCCGUGUCCCCGGAGCUAAUCCCGGACCGCAUGGCCUCCCGCAUUCCGGAGCCGGCCCUCAACCAAAGACUGACCCCCAACCCCGACCAGCAGGCCGCCAAGCAGGCCAACGCAGUCUCCGCCUGA